GCAAAGCUGUUGCUGAGGAGACCACUGUGGUUGUGUGUGUGAGCGUGCGCGAUUCUGUUGCAUGCAUGUGCGUGUGUGCCUGGCAUUUUUACUGACUUCAGAUCUCCUAACUGUCCGGAGUGACAGCCAGUUACGCAUAUCAACACACCAUUCAGGAGCAUCAAACAUACUGCAGGGAGCAGGAGUGUGACCCAGCCUUCGGCACAGGCAAGCCCAGCACCGGAGUGUGUUCCUCACACGUAACAAGGGCAGCAGCGUGGCAGAGUAAGAGACGAGGCAGGGGCAUGCUCAGGCUCUGAGAGGCUGACACGAGAGUCUACGCCGAGGAAGUGAAGAGGACUCGUCCUCCUCUUUUGUGGCGUGCGCCCCCGGCCUGCCCCCCUGCUGUAUGGCGCUGCGAUCUUCCACCCACUCGGCUGUUCCCACCCGUGCCCCUGUGCCCUGGACCCUGAUCCCCCCCCCGAAAAGGCCAAACCGUCACCAAGCUGUCAUGAUGGAGGGCCUUGGUAUCGGACUUCUGCGACUAGCCGCUUUCACGGCAGCCCUCGUCCUGCUGUGUCCUGUUGUCACGGGACUGGAGCUGAACCCAAACGUCAGAGAAGUCGUCCUGACAGCCAACCAGUCCUUCACAAUUACGUGUUCUGGCUGGGGACCUGUGACCUGGCUCUUCAGACAAGACAAGAACGUCCCGGCGGUCCGCACAGAAGACAGGAGCGCCUCUUCCAGCACUCUUUCCUUGGAGAACGUGACGUGGAGGCACACAGGGGUGUACGAAUGCUUUGAAAAUGAGACUGCGGAGACCAGAGAGGUGGCCAUCUACGUGCCUGAUCCCGACGUGUGGUUUCUGGAGAGCGAGUACUACAUGGUCACCAAAACGGGAGACGUGGCCACCAUCCCAUGCCUCGUGACAGACCCCAACAUAACCGUGAGCCUGUACGACAAGGAGACAGACACCCGUGUGAGGGGGUACUACGCCCCCAGCAUGGGCUACACGGCCCAGCUCAAUGACACCACCUACAGAUGCAAAGCAGAGCUGGCCGGGAAGGACAUGUGGUCUGAGCUCUACUACGUCUACACCAUCUACGUGCCUGAAAUGCUGGACGCCCACAUAAAUGCCUCAAAGACGAUGCUGAAACAGGGCGAGGCUCUGAGUGUGAACUGCACCGCCAACGGCGUGGAGCUCGUCUACUUCUCCUGGGACUUCCCGAACAAAGACGCGGGGGACGUGGAGCCCCUGACAGAUGUCCUGUCGACCACGAGCAUGCGCUCCUGCCUGAACAUCUCCAGCGCCACGCCGUCCCACUCUGGACAGUAUGUGUGCCACGUGAAGGAGGACGUGGGCAACCAGAAUGCCUCGGCCAGCAUCGAGGUCACCGUGCUGGAGAGAGGCUUCGUGCAGCUCAGUUCAUUCCAGAGCCCCAACGUCUCGGCGCAGCUGCACGAGAACGUGCAGCUGAGGGUGACGGUGGAGGGCUACCCCAAACCCCACAUCCGCUGGAGCAAGGGCGGUGCCGUCAUCGCCGGAGACAACAUCAUCAACACCAGACAGGAGCACGAGAUCAGGUACAUCAGCACCUUGACAUUAGUGAGAGUCCGGCUGGACCAGAAAGGUCACUACACCAUCCAUGUUUCCAACGAAGAUGAUUCCAAAGAGAUGACUUUUGACCUAGAGGUUAAAGUCCCCCCACAGAUAACAGAGCUGACGGACCACCACCCCCCAGGCCAAAAGCACGUGGUCACCUGUACAGCAGAAGGCGUCCCCUCUCCCGUCAUCCAGUGGUUCAGCUGCGACAGUGUGCACAAAUGCAGCAACAGAAGCGUGGUGUGGAGCCCCCUGGUGGCCGACACUGAGAGCGUCAGUGUCGUGACUAACUCCACCUACAACAACACGCGCAAGAUCCACCAGGUGCACAGUCAGGUGACGUUCGUUCGUCCGCAGCAGAUCACACUGCGCUGCCAGGCGCGCAACGAGAGAGGGGCACGCGCACGAGACAUCCGACUCAUCACUCACACUCUUUUCUCGCAGGUGGCCGUAUUGGCGGCUGUUUUGGUUCUUGUCGUCAUAGCCAUCAUCUUCAUCAUCAUCCUCAUCGCUGUGUGGAGAAAGAAGCCACGGUAUGAGAUCAGGUGGAAGGUGAUUGAAUCCGUGAGUCAGGACGGGCAUGAGUACAUCUAUGUGGACCCCAUCCACCUGCCCUACGACCUGGCCUGGGAGAUGCCUCGAGACAGCCUGGUCCUUGGUCGCACGCUGGGCUCAGGGGCGUUUGGGAGGGUUGUGGAGGCCACGGCUUAUGGACUCGGCCAUACGCAGUCCUCCACUAAAGUGGCAGUGAAAAUGCUCAAGUCUACAGCGCGCAGGAGUGAGACUCAGGCCCUGAUGUCAGAGCUGAAGAUCAUGAGUCAUCUUGGUCCUCACCUGAACAUCGUGAACCUGCUGGGCGCCUGCACCAAACAAGGCCCCCUGUACCUGGUGACUGAGUACUGUCGCUACGGCGACCUGGUGGACUACCUGCACAGGAACAAACAGAGCUUUCUGCAGCACUACGCUAACAAGAGCCAGCUGGUCGGCAGUGGCGGCCUGCAGAGGUGCCUGGACGCAGAGGUGCCUUCUGGGAAAGGCUACGUGUCGUUUGGCAGCGAGAGCGACGGUGGUUACAUGGACAUGAGGAAGGAAGACAUGACUGAGUACAUGGCCAUGCAGGAGAUCACGGACACCAUCAAGUACACAGACAUCCAGCCCUCUGCCUACGAGUGCCCAUACCAGCAGGACAUCUACCAGGAGCAAGGUCACAGGGUGGAUCUUUCACUGGUUAUCAGUGACUCUCCUGUCCUGAGCUACACUGACCUGGUUGGCUUCAGCUUCCAGGUGGCCAAAGGCAUGGAGUUUCUGGCCUCGAAAAACUGUGUUCACCGGGACCUGGCGGCCAGGAACGUGCUAAUCUGCGAGGGGAAGCUGGUGAAGAUCUGUGACUUUGGACUGGCCAGAGACAUCAUGCACGACAACAACUACAUCUCCAAGGGCAGCACCUUCCUGCCCCUCAAGUGGAUGGCCCCAGAGAGCAUCUUCCACAACCUCUACACCACGCUGAGCGACGUCUGGUCUUACGGCAUUCUGCUGUGGGAGAUAUUCACUCUAGGAGGGACUCCGUACCCAGACCUCCCCAUGAAUGAGCUGUUUUACAACGCGCUGAAGAGAGGGUACCGCAUGAGCAAGCCCAGCCAUGCCUCAGACGACAUCUACGAGGUGUUGAGGAGGUGCUGGGAGGAGAAGUUUGAGAAGAGGCCGGAGUUCUCCUUUCUGGCCCACACCAUGGGAAAUAUGCUCACAGACGCCUAUAAAAAGAGAUACUCCCAAGUCAAUGACAGCUUCCUGAAGAGCGACCACCCGGCUGUGGUGCGCACCAAGCCCAGGGUGCCUUCUCCCUUCCCAGGAACUUUCUCUCCCCUGUCCUCUCCUGCCCCCUUCCCUGCGUCCUCCACCCCCAUCCCCUGCCUGGGGGCCGAGGGGGACCUCGCGGCGGCCCAGUGUAAUGGCUACAUCAUCCCCAUCCCCGACCCCAAGCCCGAGGACGAGGCCCAGGAGAUGACGGCACCGGGGGAAAACCCCUCGAGCUCAGUGGCUUCCGAGGCAGAGACCGCCUCCCUGGAGACCUCCAGCACAGAACCGGAGCGCGAGGAACUGCUGAACGAACCGUCCUCAACUCCAGACGUGCAGGAGAGUUUCCUGUGACUCAUUCCUCCCACACUGGAGUGAACGCAAGAAUUUGCAUUCAAGCAGAAAGCAAAGGGAACAUCUGGUCAGUAUUUGAGAUGUUAUAUAGUUUCCUAAUCCUGUCAGGUACAAAUGGAAACAAUCAGCUAUUAUGGACAUUAAUACAGUGAAAGAAGACAUGUUGAGAAUGAGGAUUCAUAUGAAAACGUAUUAUUCGUACCCAGUCAGUGUAGGGAUAAAGCCUUGAUUCUUAGAGACAGGG